UUGAAUAUUCUGCAUGCGUUUACUGCAUUGUGCACUCACUUCCAUCAGGAGUUUAUAGGGGGGGGACAUGGCGGGGCUGCUUUGUGGAACCAAGAGGAAGAAAACAGUGAGUGACCUCCACGAGGAAGGCAAGAAUGCCAUCAACGCUCCCAUGCUCCCGUCCGGGACGGAUGUUCAUCCCGAGGACACUCUGCUGGAGGAGAACGCCGAGAGGAUAAUGCUGGACCCGACAUCGCGGGAAAACCCAAAGUUUAAAGAUCUGCUGAAGGUGCUAAUUGACUGGAUCAACAGUGAGCUGGAGGAGGACAGGAUCAUUGUGAAAGACUUGGAGGAGGACUGUUAUGAUGGGCAAGUGUUGCAGAAGCUGUUUGAAAAGCUGUCUGGUCGGAAGCUGAACGUGGCCGAAGUGACCCAGUCGGAGAUCGGCCAGAAGCAGAAGCUGCAGACGGUUUUGGAGGCGGUCAACGAGCUGCUGCGUCCUCACGGCUGGUCCAUCGAGUGGAGCGUGGACUCCAUCCACUCCAAGAACCUGGUGGCCAUCGUGCACCUGCUGGUGUCUCUGGCCAUGCACUUCCAGGCGAGCGUCAGGCUGCCCGAGCACGUCUCGGUGAAAGUGGUGGUGGUCAAGAAGCGAGAGGGCAUCCUGCAGACUGCCCUUGUGAACAAGGAGCUGACCAGCACCACCGAGAUGAUGAUGGGAAGGUUCGAAAGAGAUGCUUUUGACACACUUCUGGAUCACGCACCAGACAAACUCAACGUGGUCAAAACUUCCCUCAUCACCUUUGUGAACAAGCACUUGAACAAGUUGAACCUGGAAGUCACUGAGCUGGAAUCUCAGUUUGCAGAUGGUGUUUACUUAAUCCUCUUGAUGGGGCUGUUGGAGAACUACUUUGUGCCUCUGUACAACUUCUUCCUCACCCCUGAGAACUUUGACCAGAAGGUCCACAAUGUGGCAUUUGCCUUCGAGCUCAUGCAGGACGGCGGCCUAAAGAAGCCCAAGGCCAGACCAGAAGAUGUGGUCAACCUGAACCUCAAAUCAACCCUCAGAGUCCUCUACAACCUGUUCACCAAUUACAAGAACUCCGAGUGACAGCUCACAUCGCUGACAGAAAGCCUGCAACGCGUGCGUGUGUGUUUUUGAGGUGACAAACGGGGGCUCUUAAUUUGUUGUCAGAGACCAUUGGAAAUGCUAGUUUCUUUUUUUUAAUCAUCCCAUGUGCCUUGUAUUUAUUUAUUCCUGUUGAAUGUGUAGCCAUGACUGUGAACAUCAGCUUGAAAACAUGUUCAAUGUACGCGCAAGUGCUCACAUUCACUAAAACGCUGCAUAUAAUAUCUCGUGUUUUGUGCGAAUAUUAAAGGAAGUGUCUCAUGCUUUUUUCAAAAUUUAAAAAAAGGUUCCCAUGUGUCUUAAUAAAAGAAAUACACUAAGGAUGAAGAAUUAUAGACAUUCUUACAGCGUAUUUCAUGACAUUGCGUGAGCAGAUCGCCACACAACCAUCAUUUAUUUGGUUGUUUAAUUUCACACUUAACGGGUGGACGGACGGGUACUUUGGAGAGCCAACUACGUACUUGUGUAAAAACAUUUGAAAGUCAGUUUUAUAUAAUAUGUCCCCCUAUAAUGAAGCGUUUCACUACAAGAGCUUUGAUGUACUGAUAUCUCUGGUUAACAGGACACGCUUUUAGCUUUGAAAAAUGUCUAGGUUACGUGGUGUCCAGCUAAAACAAACAAACAAACGAACAAUAAUUCAUGUAAAGGUUACUGGUGGCUAGCUACGUCAAAUUAGCUUCCGGUAGCGUCGAACAAGCUACGGUUUUAACCAAACUUGUUUUCGCCUCCUUAAAUGCACCUAGCACCACUCUGCUAUGAAAGCUCCCCAAAAUGAGCAAGGUCUAAUUAUUAUGUAGUUGCUUUUGUUUCAUGACAUGUAUCUAAAGGGUAAAGUUAAUGUUUUGACUCAGCAGAGCUACAUAGUUACGGUGAUGCUAGCUCUUUAGGUUGUAGCCACAUUUAGCUGCACUUUUCUGAAUGUAUUGACAGAAUAUUUACAUUUCCAAUGUAGACAGUCUCACAUACCUUCACAUAUUUAUGCUUACAUUCAUCAUUAUUAGCUCAGGUCCAUGUUUGGAGCGCUACAAAAGGCUGGAAGAUGAUAAUCACACACACACACGCAUAUAUAUAUAUAUAUAUAUAUUAAAUAAUUGAAAUGUAUUGACAAUUUACAGUAUAUCAAA